AUGGAUAUUGCUCAACAAGUUCCACAACAUCCGCGAGUUCGUGAUGUUCUCGCUGAUCAAUGUCAACGAUUAUUUUUUGAAUAUCUUGAAAGUUUCGACGACAGCGAAAAGAAAACGAUGAUCGAUGAAUUGUGUCAACCACAACGUUCCACGGUAUUGAUUAAUUAUCGACACUUAUCUAAUUACAACGAUCGCUUGGCACGAGUUAUUCAAGAUGAAUACUACCGACUCUUACCAGCAUUGUCGCGUGGUUUAAAACAAUUCUUUCGUGAACACCUACCCAAACUUGAAAUGGAAACAGAAAAACUCGAGCGAUUCAAACGAACGGUUUUAAGUGACAAGGAACUUUAUGUUGCAUUUAGUGAUGUACAAAUGCGAUACAAACUUCGUAAUUUAAAUACAUCAAAAAUGGGCAUGUUAAUUCGUAUAACUGGUCAAGUCAUUCGUACAUAUCCUGUCCAUCCGGAAUUAGUUUCGGCGACAUUCAUUUGCGCGGAUUGUCAAAUGGUUUGUCCGGACGUCGAACAACAAUUUCGCUUCACUCAACCAUUGAUGUGCCGAAAUCCUGUGUGUAAUAAUCGUGUUCAUUUUACACUGGACUUAUCACGUUCGCGUUUCGUUGACUUCCAAAAAGUCCGUAUCCAAGAAAGUCAAGCAGAGUUACCUCAUGGAAAUAUUCCGCGUUGUCUUGACAUCAUCAUGCGUAACGAAUGUGUUGAACAAGCUAAACCAGGUGAUCGAUGUGAUUUCAUUGGCACAUUGAUCGUUCUACCGGAUGUUAGUCAGCUGUCAAUGCCUGGUGUUCGAGCUGAAAGUGCGCAACGUACUACACAAGGUUCAGAUGACAAAGGUUACAGCGCUGAAGGUGUACGCGGUUUAAAAGCGCUCGGUGUCCGUGACUUAACAUAUCAUCUAGCGUUUCUUGCUUGUCAUAUAACACCAGCCGAACAAACCAAUGUCGAAACAUUGUUAACUUCGGACUCGAAGAAGAAACGUAUUGAAACAAUGAUGUCCGACAAGAAUCUGUUUGCCAAUAUGCGCACAAGUCUUUUCCCAACUAUCUACGGUAACGAUGAAAUUAAGUCUGGUAUUUUGCUGAUGCUGUUUGGUGGUGUGCCAAAACGAACUAUUGAAAAAACAACUCUGCGUGGUGAUAUCAACAUUUGCAUCGUGGGUGAUCCGUCAACAGCAAAAUCACAAUUUCUGAAACAAGUAUCAGAAUUCUCACCACGCGCUGUUUAUACUAGUGGUAAAGCGUCGACAGCGGCUGGUUUGACUGCUGCUGUUGUGAAAGAUGAAGAAUCCAGUGAAUUCGUCAUUGAAGCUGGUGCAUUGAUGCUUGCCGAUAAUGGUGUUUGCUGCAUCGAUGAAUUCGAUAAAAUGGAUCCCAAAGAUCAAGUUGCUAUUCACGAAGCAAUGGAACAACAAACGAUCAGUAUUACAAAAGCAGGCAUUAAAGCAACACUCAAUGCACGAACAUCAAUCUUAGCAGCAGCAAAUCCCAUUGCUGGACGUUAUGAUAAAACACGUUCAUUACGACACAAUGUGAAUAUGACUGCGCCUAUUAUGUCACGUUUCGAUUUGUUCUUUAUUGUCAUCGAUGAAUGCAAUGAUGUGACUGAUUAUAAUAUUGCCGAACGUAUUAUUGACUUACAUACGUCCGGAACUCGUUCGACGAUUCCUUCACUUGUAACAACUUACACUUUCAACGAUAUUCGAGAUUAUAUCACUUAUACUAAAGCAGCUGUACAGCCGAAAUUGACGCCAGCUGCCAAGGAACACAUUAUCGCGCUCUACAAACAAUUGCGUCUACGUGAAUCCUCAUCUUCAAGUACUGGCCGUGUCUCAUCGUCCUCGACACCGAUAACUGUCCGUCAAUUGGAGAGUUUGAUUCGUUUAUCGGAAGCAAUUGCUAAAAUGUACUGUCAAGAAGACAUUGAUAUAAAACACGUUCAAGAAGCUUAUCGACUCUUAAGUAAAGCAAUUAUUCAUGUUGAUCAACCAGAUAUUGAUUUGAAUGAAUAUAAUCGACCAACGACUACAACCGAAGAGCCUAUGGAAGAAGAAGUUCAAGAAACAACAAAAGAUGAAAUGAAGAUAUCUGUUGAUGAAUAUAAACGUUUAACGAACAUGAUGGUUUAUCAAUUACGUAAAAUGGAUGAAGAACAAGAAGCAGAAAGUCAAUCUAGUGGUACGAGUGUUGUUAUGCCUGGUGUUAAACGUUGCGAACUUAUCAAUUGGGUGCUCGAGCAAUUAGCUGAUGAGAUCAAUAGUCUUGACGAGUUAGCACGCAAAAAAGCGACAUUAGAUAAAAUUAUCGAUCGUCUUGUGCAUGUUGACGAAAUUCUCAUUCAACUUGAUAAACGUACCGUUAGUCAAUUUGGUAUGACAACAGAAGUGAAAGAAACUGCAAGUGCCGAAGAAGAACAAGAAGAUGAAGAUCCCGAAGGAAAUAAUCUUUACUUAAUUGUUCAUCCCAACUAUGUUGCUGAAGAUCAAUAG